AGAGUUUCUCAAACAUUCUGCCUGCCUUAACACAGCCAUUAAGAUUUGAGUAUCUGAGCCUGGGAGGGAGGGUUUAGCUCUGUACACCUGAGCCUCACCUACUAAACAAAAACCUCACUGAAGCCCUGGGAAGCUGAGGUUUCAAAUAGCAACAGGUUAUUAACUACACACAUAUACACACGCUGACCCCCACACAAAAACACAUACUGUACACGCAUGCCCACACUUACGUCCCUAUGAAAAGUGUAAAUACACACCGACCACAGGAACAUACAUGCCUAAGUCGCUAACUGCCUGGAGGGUUAGUGGGCCAUUCCUCACAAAUAGUCCAUACCAAACUUCUCUCCCACUCUCCCACUUUGAAGAGUUGACACACACCCAGAAGAGAAUCAAGCAGAGCGGUCAGAAUGGUGAAGACCUUUGUGUUAAAGCUCAUGAUCUUUGUGCUGAUUUCAUUAGCAUUAGCACAUGAUACUGCCAACUAUACACUGAUCAAGCGAGGAAAUAGGGAGCUGUUGGUGCGUUCCAAAAGAAGGUGGGUCCUGUCUACUUUUGAGAUACAGGAGGAGGACCCUGGACCUUUCCCCAAAUUAGUCACGCAGAUGUUCAACGACAAUAUGGACAUGUUGCAAAACAAUCGGCAAUUCCGUUUAACGGGAAAUGGAGUGACAGAGGAUCCGCUGGACGUGUUCUUCAUUGACAACCACGAUGGAUCGGUAUAUGUGCGCAAGCCCAUCGACAGGGAGAAAUAUCCAUUAUUUAACAUUAAGUUUGAUAUAUUGGACAAGCAGACUGGUGAGCUUGUGGACAGGACUCUGGCAUUCAACGUGGCGAUCAAGGACAUCAAUGACAAUCCACCAACCUUUGAGAAGUCUGUCAUGACAGACAGUAUUUCAGAGAACUCAGCAGAAGGGUAUCUUCCAGUGCAGCUUAAACCCACAGAUAUUGAUGAGGAGAACACGGACAACUCGAAAAUCAGUGUAAGGGUGUUGUCUCAGGAACCAGCAGAGCCCAAGAUCAGCGUAAAGCAGGUAGAGGGUACCAAGAUGAGCCAGCUCACCUUCACCGGCUGCUUCGACUACGACAAAGUAAAGAAGUACAAAGUGAUUGUUGAAGCUAAGGAUCAUGGGAUACCAGUACUGUCCUCAACUGCAACAGUCAUCCUAAACAUAUUGGACUCCAAUACCCACCCACCAUUGUUCAAAGACAAUACAUACAUCGCUGAGAUAAAAGAGAUGGAAUCAAAUAAGGAAAUUGUAAGAGUAUCUGUGACUGAUGCAGACACCCCUAACACCCCCGGAUGGCGGGCCGUAUAUUCCAUUGUAAAAGGGAAUGAGGAUGGGAACUAUAAGAUUGUGACUGACCCAAAGACCAAUGAAGGUGUACUGAGUGUAAUCAAGGGCAAGGAUUUUGAGAAGACAACAUUGACUAAUGUGCUGAUCGCCGUGGAGAAUGAGCAGCCUCUGUUCGUGUGUAGUUCUGGACAGCGCGUGGCUCACUCCAAGAUGCAGACAGUCCGGUCCCAGACCACAAACGUGACAGUCAAGGUGAUAGAUGUGAAUGACCCACCAGUGUUUCAAAAGAAUGUGACAGACGUCUAUGUGAAGGAGGAGGACCAACCAGGGAAGAUGCUCUACAAGCCUAAGGUCACUGACGUUGAUUCAGAUUUGGAAAAAAUCAGGUAUGAGCUGGUUGACCCAGCAGGCUGGGUCACUAUAGAUCCCAAGACAGGGGCGGUGACUACAGUGAAGCCAAUGGACCGGGAGUCAAGUUACGUCAACAAAGACAACAUUUACUCUAUCUUAGUGCGAGCCAUAGACAAUGGUGAGCCCCCUGCCACGGCCACAGGAACUGUUUUGAUCCACCUGGGAGAUAUCAAUGAUAACAUUCCUCAUGUGGUGAAGAAGGAGUUAGUCAUGUGUGGUAACAAGGUGAAUGUGACAGUUGAAGACAAGGACCAAUCUCCCUUUUCAUGUCCCUGCUCCUUCUCCCUUGGAGUGGACGAUAAAGAGAAAUCACUGAAGAGCCGUUGGAAACUGGAUCCUGCCAUUGGGAUGGAGGCGGGUCUUGUCAGCUUGAAGAGCUUGCCGUAUGGUAACUACACGGUACCUCUUGUGAUCCAGGACCAGCAGGGCCAGGGGGGAAAUUCCACUGUCCAUGUGCUGGUGUGUGACUGUGGGGAAGUGGAUAUUUGUAGGGCCCUUCUGCCAAGGACAUCCACUCUGGGCUGGGCCGCUAUUGGGCUACUGCUAGCUGGACUGCUGCUUCUCUUACUGCUGCUUUUGGUCUUGUUUUUUGAGUGUGGCAGUAAGACACUUGCACACCUUCCCAUAAACCUGCAAGACGAGGGGAACCAGACUCUCAUCAAAUACAAUGAGGAGGGAGGGGGCUCCGCAUGCAAGAGUGAGCCUGUAACCUUGGACAAAACAGACGGAAUGAAGCAGACCACCCGAGUCAUACCGGAGACCAGUGAGAUGCAUCAAUACGCAGAAAAGGCCAAUGUCACCACUAUGUCUUCCAUUGGUGUGGGAGGGUUCUCAAGAGGGGGAACACUACAGAGAGUGGGCGAGGCCAAUGGAACUCUGGCAAGCCAAAUUCGGCGAGGCAGAUACCAGACGUGGAAUUCAAGCAGGAGAAGUACCGUGAGGGCCAAUUCUUCCAUGUACACUCGCUCCUUCAGCCUGUUGUCAGACCAGAGCAUCUCAGAGCGAAUAGAGCGGAGGCUGUGUAUGAUUGGAGACGAGGUUGACUACCAACCCUACAUGUACACCUACGAAGGAACAGGAAGCAAAAGCCAGUCGCUGGACCAGCUGUCACUAAGCAACCCUGGGGAUGACCUGGAGUUCCUGGGGGACCUGGGGCCAAAGUUCAAAACCCUUGGUGGCAUCUGUCGUCAGGACAUGCAGGAGAAGAACAUAAUGCUGUAGACGGGAGCUUUUCAAUGUCAGCAUUAGAAGGCAAGAACACAUCUCUUUUUCGUCCUGUAAUCAGUGUGUCAUUCAGACCUGGGAAAGCAGUUGACUGGAAUCAACUAACUGGUAGUAACUGAAACCUGUAGGGACCAGGACAGGAGUUACCUGCCUUGCUGUUAAGACCCACAUACACACAAAUCAACGUUAUUGCACGCACGCGCACGCACGCUGGACUGGGAGUUGGAUUGGAGAAGAAUGCUUAUUGCUCAUGUUUGUUAUUGUCAACUGUUUGUGGUGAAUGGGUUUAGGCCUGUCCUUUAGAGAAGAGGACACAGUUACUCUUAAAAUUCUCUGUUGAUAUUUUUGAUGAAGCAUUUCAUUGUCGACGGCACUGGGAUAUUCUUACUGACUGAAACCGUAGUCUUGUCAGUGUUCUGAGGAUGGUAAAGAGGGUCAAAAGGAUGACAGACAACCUCUAGAAUUUGUUGUCAGGUCAUUGUACUGAAUGGGUCGCUGGAGCUCAAACAGCAGUCUGUUGGACCAGAACCACAGUAUCAUCCAGAUGUUCCACAUUGUGUGAGAACGUUCAAAGUGGAAGUCAGUGGGGGAACAAGGGCUUUUGGGGUGGAGGGGCAUGUCCCCUUGUUUUAUUUUUCUACUGUUCAAAUGCCUCCUAUAUUUGUGUUUUUUUAUGAAAAAAAUAAGCAUUAAACAAAUGAAAC